UUCAUAUCAUGUCAUCACAUCAUACGCAGCAAGUUUAUACGAAGUUAAUGCGAAGUUUUACUUUAAUUUCGCAAAACGUGCAGGUGUUUACUAACUUUUAACGCCAGAACAAAAGACCCAUGCAGAACCUUUAGCAUGUUAAACUACUUAAAUCUUCUUCUGCUGCUGUGCUUUGCAAAUCAUAGCGGAACCACCACUGUAUCUGUGUCAGGACAAAAGGGAGGCAACACCGUACUGAUAUGUGAAUACAAGGCCAGAGAGAUUUCUGAUAUUAGUUUAAAAAGUCGGUCAAAAAACAUCCCUGUGUGUCCGACUGAAGAAUGCAGUGGACGAGUAUUUAAACAAAGAAACUGUGACGUCGUCAUCAAGAAUCUGAGCUUCAGUGAUGCUGGGAAAUACUUUCUGCGAGUCUAUUACAUUAAUGAUCAGGCAGAGCUGGAGCGACAAAUCAGGACGUACCAACUUCAUAUUCAUGAUGAGAUUUCUGUGAAGAUCGGUGAGGAGCUGAAGUUGGACGUUCUGUUGUCUAACGCUGAUAAAGUGCAGCAUCAGAGCAGAAGAAGCACAGAGUGGAUGAAGGUCUGGAGCAGAACUGAUGGAGGUCAGAGCGAACGACUGAACAUCAGAGAUGGAAACCUGAUCAUUAAUCCAUUUACAGCCAAUGACACAGGAACAUACAGAGCUCUGGACUCGGAAGGAAGCGUCUUGAUCACAGUGACAGUCACAGAAUCAAAGAAAAAACUGGACAGCACAGAUAAAGACAAAACUGAUGAUACGGAGCAAGUUCCUGUAAUCUAUUGGAUUAUGAGUGCUGGACUGGUUGUGUAUGCAUCUCUGCUGGUUUCUACUCUGGUUGCGCUUACCAUCCAGAAACACACCAAUUCCUAAAAGCAGGACGUGUUUCGCACCGAGGGGUCAAAGUGUAAUGAAUUUUACAGAGUCAUGUAGCAACAUCACUGUAAGUUUGCCUUCAAUGCUAAAAGAUGAUUCUGUCAAUAUAUGUAAUUAACUAUACAUAUGAACGUUUGGCUGUGUUGACUGGAUCUGGACUUAAUUACUUAUUUGGAGGGGGGGGGGGUCUUUUAUUUUGCAUUAAUGAGCUCAGUCAGUCAUGCUAUAAAGGGGGCGCUCUUUGCUCACUUUCGCUAUACAAUCCAUUCACAAUUUAAAGACAAGUUUUGUUUGUUAUGUGGAGGACCAAUGUUCAUGUACAAGUGGCCAAGUUGCAGAAGUGACAAAUGCAUUAAUUACGUGAGUGAAUCUUUUAAAUUGUUGCGCGAGUCACUCCUGAAAUUGCUGUGAUUGAGCAGGUGUUUUUCUAGCUUUUGAAAACAUCAGGAGCUAAUGGUGAGGGCAUAUAUAUAUAUAUAUAUAUAUAUAAGACACAACAGGGCUAAAGGCACAUCUUAAGAAAAACAUGCUUCAUGUAUGACUGCAGAAAAAAUAGUAUGUUUUUAUUAAACAUUAAUAAAUUUUAUAAAAGUUCAUUUUGAUACAUCAAAUGCAGAGCUACAAAUCUGUAUGAAACUCUUUCUUGCACUGAUAUAUAUUUCUGAAAUACAGCUUAUUUUAUCUGUUGUUUUCUUAUAGCACUACCUUGAUGAGCAGGAACAGUUUAAUGUUGCACUUAUUAAAAAGUAUUUUUUAAAUUCCUUCUGUUUUAUCACUUUUAUACGUUUUAUAUGAAGUCCAGGGUUUUGAAACGAGCGUUUUGUAGAACAAUACUGUAUCAUGCACUUGACAUAAAAUUGAGAGGUGUUGUUUAACAUAUAUCUACAAUGUUAACAUAUAUUUACAAUGACAUGAAGUGUCUUCAUCAGAGUUUUUUUCAUUUCCACUGUUGCUUUUGACUGAUUAAGGUAUUUGUAUUAUUCUUUGUAAAUCUGCUUUGUACUGUGAAAACUAAACAAACUGAACCACUUUUGUAAGAAAUGUUUUUGUUGAUAUUGUUUUGUUGGUAUGUACUUUUGUAUGUGAUUUGCAUGCACACGUGAGAAAUGCACGUCUAGCUGUAUUAUACACAUCAUAUUUUAGCAUUAUUAUGUACAUAUAAGCUAAGUUUAAGAGAAAAUAAUGGCAACAGUUUUAUGGCACGUAAAUGUUGAUUAAACAAAAUGUUUUGAAUGUAAAAUGUGUUGUUGAGAGUUCUGAUUAAAUAAA